AUGUAUGCAGACAUAUGCCUAGUACUAUUAGAUCAAAUAGAGAGCUUGAGCGACACAAACGACUCAAUACCCCUCAUCGUACCCUCCAACACCACGCAUACGCACACCUUCAUCGUACUUCAUGGCCGCGGUAGCAAUGCACACGACUUCGGCCCUCGCUUCUCCUCCGCCCGUACCUCUGCUGGCCACACCCUCCAAGAGCUCUUCCCAGGCGUCAAGCUCGUGUUUCCCACGGCAAAGAAACGUCGAGCUGCGCUCUAUAACCGAGCCUGGAUUAGCCAAUGGUUCGACAACCCCUCGUUAGAUAACCCCACCGAGAGGCAAGAAAUCAUGUACGAUGGAUUGCGGGAAAGCAGUGGAAUUAUACGGGGCUUGAUACAGGAGGAGGCAAAGCUUGUUGGGGCGAACAACGUGGUGCUUGUUGGGCUAAGCCAGGGCUCCGAAACGUGGCCAUACGACACAAUACAAGACGAUGAUCCCUUUGGAGGUAGUGAAGGGAAAGACGAAGACAGUCUCUCGAAGCAACAACUUCGGGCCGCGAAUUUUGCGAGGGAUAUCUGCGACCUGUCUAUGUUGCCUCUGGAUGGCCGCGUAGCGCCAGCGUUCUCGCAAGUUCCCGUCUUUCUCGGCCAUGGCACCGAGGAUGACAAAGUCCGCCUGCAUAUGGGGAAGCAAGCCUACAGCAUUCUAGAACGACUUCAAGUCCCUGUCACGUGGAAGACGUACGAGUUUGGGCACUGGUGGAAGGAGCCCGAGGAGAUUGAUGACAUUGUCAAUUUCCUACAAGAGAAAGUAGGGUUGCAUACUGUCAAACGAGAUUGA